CGCCAGUUCAGUGAAUUUACGGUAUUGCCACUGACAGUGAGCUGACAAGUAACUCUUCCAUAGUCGCAGUCGUAACAAGUCCUGAAAUUGCCGCCAGUUUCGCAACACCGUCGCCGCCGCCGCCGCCAUGGCGGCCCGCCUCCUUUUCCCUAGGAACGCACGUAUAAAGACCCUUCUUCUUUUAUCUUCCUAUUUAUACUCCAAUCCACCCUCUCUAGGGUUUUUUUCCACCCUCGCCGGAAAAUGCAAGCACUUCAACUUCACACCGGCGGGGGAUCGGCCACCGGCGGCCAAGAAGGCAUCUUUCACGGCCACCGCGCACGGGGUGAUGUGGCAGGACCCGUACCGUUGGAUGUCCGACGUCAAGGACCCGGAUUUCAUCAGCUACGUCAAACAAGAAAACUCCUACGCCGAGGCGUUCAUGAGGGAUACCCAAGAAUUGCAGAAGGUUCUUUAUUCUGAGAUGGUUUCCAGAAUACCCUCCACGAUUAUAACCCCGCCUGAACGCUGGGGACCCUGGUUAUACUACCAGUUAAUUGCGGAGGGGAAAGAGUAUCCUGUUUUUUGCAGGAAACCGGCAGCGGAAAGGAAAGGUUGGGUAAACUCCUUAUUCAAUUCCUUCAGUGGAGUAUUGGAAGAGGAACAAGUUUUGCUCGACUGGAAUGACAUUGCAGAAAAACAUGGCAAGUUCGUAGCUAAUAAUUUCCCACACGUUUACAUAAUAGAUGCUGCCAACCCGCAAAUUGGUCUACAAAGGUUUUGUAAACGUGUAUCGGGAGUUCAGUACUUUUUGGAACAUCAUUCUGGAUACUUUUACGCCCUUACUAAUGCUGAUAAAAGUAACAUUAGAAAGUUUUCGGGUAAUGGUUAUUAUUUAACCAGAUGCAGAGAUGAGAAUCCACAAGCAGCUAAUUUGAAGAAUAUCAUCAUGCCUGGGGAAGAUAUUUGCUUGGAAGAUAUGGAUAUUUUUCACAAUCACCUCGUCCUAUUACUUAACAGAAAGGGUACCCCUUCAAUAUGUUCCAUCAACAUGCCUAUAGAUUUCGAAUGUGAGAAAGAAAUGGAGAUCGAUGAUCUCGAUCCUUGGUAUUUUCCUUUGCCCUCAGACAUGUGUACAGUCAUCACGCCAGGUUCAAAUCACGAUUUCAUGACCACCAAAUACCGUGCUGUUCUCUCGUCACCUGUGACACCUGAUCUCCAUGUCGACUAUGACAUGUCAAACAAAAUGUUCUCCAUCAUACAACAGGAAGGUGUUGAAAAUAUCUCAACAGGUGAUGUUGAGAACAAAACAUACGUUCAGCAUAAUGAAUGCCCUGCAUGGAAAGAUUUCUCGGCCAAAUAUAUUUGUGAGGAGAAGGAAGUGAUUUCUCAUGACGGGGUCAAAGUCCUGUUGACUGUAUUUUUCUCGAGAAGUGCAUAUCAGAAGGGUUUUUCUCCAGGGCUUCUUCAUGGUUACGGUGCCUAUGGUGAAACUUUGGAUAGAAGCUGGUGCACAGAACGUUUGAGUUUGCUUGAUCGAGGAUGGAUGUUUGCUUUUGCGGAUGUGAGAGGUGGUGCUGGUGCCGAUCCUUCUUGGCAUGAAUCAGGUCGUGGGUUGAACAAGUUAAACUCCAUAUAUGAUUUCUUAUCAUGUGGCGAAUAUCUGAUAAAUGAGGGCUUUAUUCAUAAAAACCGGUUGUGUGCUUUGGGGAUUAGUGCUGGAUGUCUUCUUGUGGGGGCUUCCAUCAAUAUGAACCCGAAUUUGUUUCGUGCUGCCAUUUUGAAGGUUCCUUUUCUAGAUGUGCUCAACACACUAUUGGAUUCGAGUUUACCUCUUACCACAUCGGAUUAUGAAGAAUUCGGGAAUCCUCAAAAUGAGUUGUUCUUCAACUAUAUUCGGAAGUACUCUCCUUAUGAUAAUAUUCCACAGGGAGUUUGCUUUCCUUCAAUGCUUGUGUCCGCAUCAUUCAAUGAUUCCCGUGUUGGGAUCUGGGAAGCUGCAAAAUGGGUUGCCAAGAUUCGAGACACGACAUGCUCAAGAUGUUCAUCUGCUGUAAUCUUGCAGACGAAUCUAAACGGAGGGCAUUUUGGGGAAGGUGGCCGCUUUGCACAUUGUGUGGAAACAGCUUAUGAUUAUGCAUUUCUCAUUAAAACCACUAUAGAGCCAACUGAGGAAAGCGCCUGAGCUGUGUAAACAAUUGCAUUCUGCAUUGAUUCAAAAUGCUACCAAUUAUUGAUUUUAAUUAUAGUAGCUUGCUUCAUUUAUUUUCUUUUCUUUGGUGUAUUGUUUCUUAUGAAAUGAACUGCUGCUAAUGUUUGUUUGAAAAUUAAC